GGCUUCCUAUGCUAAUAAUCUGAGCUAAUACUUGUUUGCAGUUUUAACAUUUGCCACCAGAAACUCAGCCAGCAAGGAGGUCAAGCAAAUAAAUUCUCUUCUUAAAAGGACAAGUUUUAAUUAGUGUAAUAAUCGAUUUGGACAGCUUAAUUAGACACCCUGCGUCCUCACCGCAGGUCGCUCACUCAGGCGCUAUUAGCUAAAAACAUUUAGCUAAUAACAGCACGAGCUUCUUGUGCGGAACUUUAGCGGUAAAAUGGUUUCCGCGGACUUUUACUCCUGUAACACAACGUGGAGCCCCAGAAACAAACUGUAUUUACAAAAUGCUUUAAAGUUUAAACGUGUGGAGGAAAAUAAGAGCGAAUGUGAAGCUGAGCACAAAGUCGGGUUAGCUGUCAGCUUUAGCUAAACCAUCGAAGGACAUGCAGCCUGUCACGGUGAAGACAGACGGUCUCCACCUUGGCUUUUGGUGCCCUGUCCCGCUGUCCAAAGCUCAGGAAGAGCAGCCAGAGGCAGCUGUGAGGGGCUGGUGAGCAGAAGCCGCAACACACUCAGGAUAAAACCCACUUUCAGGCUGGUCCGCACAGAGGAGCUAAACAUGAGGAACUGCAGGCGACUGCUGUCUGAGCUAAAGCUGUGGACUUCAGGAAGAAGUAAAUGGACAAGGGGACUUAAUGGAGGCCUCGGUGGGAGUGGAAAGGCUUUUUUGUCUACUUCCGGCUGUCCAAAGGUGUGUAUCGUUGGGAGCGGUCCGGCAGGUUUCUACACGGCGCAGCAUCUUAUCAAGGCCCGUCAGGAUGUCGAGGUGGACAUUUACGAGCGACUGCCCGUCCCCUUUGGCCUGGUCAGGUUUGGAGUGGCCCCUGAUCACCCUGAAGUCAAGAAUGUCAUCAAUACUUUUACUCAAACAGCCAAAAAUUCCCGCUGUAGUUUCUAUGGCAACGUCAACGUCGGGAAGGACGUGACCGUCUGCGAACUGCAGGGGGCGUACCACGCGGUCGUGCUGAGUUACGGGGCGGAGGGCAACAGGAGGAUAGGGGUGCCGGGCGAAGACCUGCCCGGCGUCUACUCAGCCAAAGACUUUGUGGGCUGGUACAACGGCCUGCCCAGCUGCCGAGAGCUCAAACCGGACCUGAGUUGCGAAACAGCCGUCAUUCUGGGACAAGGCAACGUGGCCUUGGAUGUAGCUAGGAUACUGCUGUCUCCUUCAGACAUUUUAAAGAAAACGGACAUAACCCAGCCGGCCCUGGAAGCCCUCGCCGAGAGUCGGGUUCGGAAGGUGCUGAUCGUCGGCAGGAGGGGACCCAUGCAGGUCGCGUGCACAAUCAAGGAGCUCAGAGAAAUGGUGAACCUGCCGGGAACCAGGCCCGAGAUGGUGACAGCUGAUUUCGAAGGCGUCUCAGAAGCCCUCAAAGACGUCCCGCGGCCCAGGAAGCGUCUCACCGAGCUGCUGCUGAAGAUGGCCCUGGACGCGCCGGGAGACAAGGAGCUGGAGAGGCGGAGAAACGCCGCCAAGGUCUGGGGGUUCCUCUUCUACCGGAGCCCCACGGAGAUCUUAGCCGACCCCGGCUGCAGCCGAACCGCCGGCAUCCGACUGGCGGUCAACAGGCUGGAGGGGUCAGGAGACGCGGCUCGGGCCGUUCUGACCGGAGAGGUGGAAGACGUUUCCUGCGGUCUGGUCAUCAGCAGCAUCGGCUACAAGAGCCUCCCCAUCGAUCCCGCCGUGCCGUUCGACUCCCGCAGAGCCGUCGUGCCAAACUCAGUGGGCCGGGUUCACCAAGCCGCAGGCUUGUAUUGCAGCGGUUGGCUGAAAACGGGCCCCACAGGUGUGAUUGCCACCACUAUGAACAACAGCUUCGACACGGCCCGGUCCCUGCUGGAGGACAUGGACUCUGGAGCGUUGGACGUGUCGGCUGCCAAACCCGGAUCGCAAGCAGUCAGCAGUCUGCUGGAGGAGCGAGGAGUGAAACCAGUCACCUUCUCAGACUGGGAGAAGAUCGACAGCUUGGAGACGAGGCGGGGGGAAGCUCGCGGCAAACCCAGAGAGAAACUACUGAGCGUGGAAGAAAUGCUGAAGGCAGCCCGGUCGUAACGGACGAGCAGCAGGCGGAGUCCAGGAGAACGACGACACAAUGACGGCGCUGGUUGCUGUAUCCAUGGGGACCAGAUCCAUACAGUACAAGCGUACUGUAUGGCAUCAACUUAUUAAGUUGAUGCUUGCAGCACAAAGAUAAACAUUCAAAGUCAAUUUCAGCUGAAAUAUAAUGUGGAACAGUGUGGCUCAGGGGGCCAUUUCUGGCUCUUGAAAUGAUUUUUGUUUGGCCCUUGACCACAAGUAAAAAGUUGUUAAAAAAAAAAAAAAAAUACAAAUUUGGUCAACAAAAUAGAAAGCAAUAAAUUAACCAAACAAUUUAGAAAUUAAAUGUUUUUUCUUUUAAUUAAACAACAGUCCAAAGCAGUGUUUAUGUUUCAGAUCUUUACCAAUAUCCAGAUUUUAUACAUAAAAAUUGUGUAUGUUCACAUUUUAUCUUUAGGUUUCUACUUGUAGAAACUCCACCUACGGUGUGUUUACUAAUUAGGGGACUUCUGGUAGCAAUUUGAUUGCAGGGAUUUAAAAAAAAUUUUUUUUUGAGUGGCUGGGUGGAAGUUACCAAAUCAAAGGAUGAAUGAAAAUGCACAGCACACUUUUCACACACAUUUAGGACAACAUAUUGAUAGAUUGUAAAGUAAGCUGUGUACUGCAGGUCAAACUUAGCAGUAUUUCUUUUUCUUUUGAGUUAUAAAAUAAAGAUUUUCCACUCCCUUUACAAUUA